AUGGCAAAUGACCAAGCAGUACGUCGCACUCUUGAGCCGCUCGUACUUGACUUCGUUCGGACGUUCAAUGCUGGGGAUUUCGAUCGAAUGGCCGAUUUCUAUCACACGAAUUCCGUAAUGGUUGAAAAAGACAAAAGUGUUCUGUAUGGAAAAAAGGAUAUCGUGGCGUCACUCCGUCAGAUGGCAACAGAUCUAGGAAAAACAAGAAUGGAGAUUUCCAACGCUAAAUACGACGGAGUAGCAGAAUUUCCUCAUAUUUAUACAGACUUCGCUUUCCAUACUGAAAAGGUACGCAAAUAUAUGCACAGCAUUAUUCAAAAAGUAUGUAGUAUGAGAGUAAAG